AUGAAUACCUCUACCUACCUUGUUGGAACUCUUAGGAGUAAUAGAAAAGGUAACCCACAAACAGUAAUAUCUGCAAAACUGAAAAAAGGGCAAACAAUAUGUUCACACAGCAACACAAAAACCUCUGUGAUCAAAUGGAAAGAUAAACAGGAUGUUUUGAUGAUUUCUACCAAACAUAACGAUGAUAUGGUGCCUGUAAAAUGUAAAAAUGGCAUGGAAGUUUUGAAACCCAAAGCAGUCAAUGACUAUAAUGCCGCCAAGUCAUUUAUUGCUGCAACUGAUCAGUUGAGCUCAUUCUCAAUGACACGUCAGUGUAUGGUUAAAUGGUGCAGAAAAAUCAUUUCUGAAAUCCUUUUUGGUACAUCUGUUGUAAAUGCUCAAAGUUUCCAAAGGAGAGCAGUUGAAGAAGAUAUUUGGGCUGUUAUAAGUGCCUGUGAAGAGCAGAAGAAGAAAGGAUGCUGCUAA